AUGGUUAAUACAGGAAAGCCAAGCAAAGGAUGUUAUUUGUGUCGAGCUCGACGCAUCAAGUGCGAUGAAGGAAAACCGGGCUGUAUGCGAUGCCAGAAGGUGAAGAGAGUAUGCCCUGGAUAUCGGGAUGUAUUUGACCUCAACCUGCGCGAUGAGACAAAAUCAACCAAGCAGAAGAUGAACAAUCGGAUGAUAAAUUCUCGCUCUUUUGAUUCCAGCCAAGCCAUAGUCGACGGAUCUCAAUUUGUGGGGCGAGCAGAUAUCAUACCUAAUUCAUCAUCAUUUUCUAUCAUCUCGCCAACAUCGGAUACAUCCUCCUGGCCGAGUCAUGCUUCUAGCGGGCAUCACCAUGGCGGAGUUAUUUGUGCUCAGAUAUCUACCCCCAUAGAUCAACAGGCAACUUGCUUUUUUCUUGCCAAUUUCGUUUUACUUCCAGCACAAAACACCAUGAGAGGAUAUUUUGAUUUCAUUCUGCCGCUUCUGAAAGGCAAACCAGACCCGUGUUUAUCUAAGGCAUUCGCAGCUGUAGCGACUGCGUCUCUUGGCACUCGACCUAAUUCUAAAGCCCUACUUCCACAAGCCGAUCUAUUCUACGUAAAAGCGCUGACCAAAAUCAACGGAACUCUGAGAGAUGCUAGAACAGCGUCUAGUGACUCUACGUUAGCUGCAGUCUUGCUCUUGUCAUUCUUCGAGCAAGUUACCGCCCCACGCGUAAGUCAUCAGGCUUGGAACUCUCACGUAGAUGGAGCCGUCGCACUCCUCAAAGCACGGGGGCCAGAAAACUUUCAAACUCGAAGGCGCCGCGACAUAUGGCACAUAACUAUACAAUAUAUUGCCAAUUCGAAGGCUGUUGCUCCAUCGGUAGAUUGGUGGAUGAUGGUUUCCGCCAGCGACGAAAUCAUAGCGAAAUUCGCCCGACUGAAUCUGUUGGUAGCGGACUUGCGGUCAGAGACUACAACCGCUACAUCACAGAUUGCAAGAACUGCUGCAAAUUACGAGAACGUCUUGAGAGUUCAACGCAAGGCAGAAGCUUUGGAGAAAGAUUACGUACAGUGGUUCAAAUCCCUCCCACCAUCUUGGCAACCAAAAUUCGAGACGUGGCUUGGUGACAAAGGCAUUGGUUAUAAUUAUGCGUCAUCAGAAACCCAUCCAGGACGUAUAGAUUCAUAUUCAGAGAUGUGGAUUGCAUACCACCAAAAUAUCGCUCGAUCAUCGCAGAUUCUACUACACUUUACUAUCCUCCGCUGCGUUGCCUGGUUGGGUGACUUGAAAGAUUAUACACUGACACCCGAGUACGCCAAGGCUCAGCAAGUUUGCUGUCCGCUCAUUGAAGAUAUUGUAGCUAGUUGUCCAUACUUUUUUGGUUGGAACAAGGACAGAAACGAAGCGAUGGUUGAUAAAUCCUUUUUCGCAUGUGGGGAAUCUGGAAAUACGGAUGCCCAGGCUAAUCCCAAGGCUCUCUGGGGAAUAUUUAUCAUGUGGCCUAUCUUCGUUGCAGGCUCUGCAGAUUUUGCUCUGCCAUCCCAACGCCUUUAUCUCAGGGGAAGACUACAGUACAUCUCCGAGAUGAUGGGUAUUCAUCAGGCCAGUGUGUUACUCAAGGCACCCGUCGGCCAACCUUCAAUAUACAUCUAUGGCCAACGCCAAAGAGCUCAAUUCGCCGCCCUCUCUAGAGCCACGCAACCCGUAGUGCAAAGCAGAGGUCCCGAAAACGUUCCAAAAUCUGCCUGA